CUGGAGUCACCUGGGAGCCCCUCUGGGCCUGAGCUGCCCAUAGAGACGCUGCUGGAUGACCGGGAACGGAGGAUUUCCCACUCCCUCUACGGCGGGAUCGAAGGUCUCAGCGAGUCGCCCACAAGGAACGUGGCGCUGAGCAGGAUAAUGGGUAAAUAUCAGCUGUCUCCAACAGUGAACAUGCCCCAAGAUGACACUGUCAUCAUUGAAGAUGACAGGCUGUCGGUACUCCCUCCUCAUCUUUCUGACCAGUCGUCAUCCAGUUCCCACGAUGAUGUUGGGUUUGGCACUGUUGAUGCUGGUGGAUGGGCUAAAGCUGCAAUUAAUGAGUCAACAGACUGCACUCUUAGUCCAGAUGUUGAUCCAGUGCUUGCCUUCCAGCGAGAGGGUUUUGGACGCCAGAGCAUGUCAGAAAAGCGUACAAAGCAAUUUUCAGAUGCCAGUCAGUUGGACUUUGUUAAAACACGAAAAUCCAAAAGCAUGGAUCUAGUAGCUGACGAGACUAAGCUCAGUACAAUGGAUGACCAGAAAACAGGUUCCCCUACCAGAGAUGUGGGGCCUUCAUUAGGUCUGAAGAAAUCCAGCUCAUUAGAAAGUCUGCAGACAGCAGUUGCUGAGGUGACUCUGAAUGGUGAUAUUCCCUUCCACCGCCCGCGCCCGCGAAUUAUCCGAGGACGAGGCUGUAAUGAAAGCUUCAGAGCUGCCAUAGACAAAUCAUAUGAUAAACCUGUAGCAGAUGAUGACGAUGAAGGCAUGGAAACUUGUAAUAACCUAAUGUCAUUACAGCCACUCAACAAAAAUCAGAAAUGGUUGGAGGAAGACACAGAGGAGAGCUCAAGAUCUGGUAGAGAAUCUGUGUCCACAGCAAGUGACCAGCCAUCUCACUCGUUGGAGAGACAGAUGAAUGGAAGCCAAGAUAAAGGCGACAGAAAAAAGGCUGGAAAGGAAAAGAAAAAAGAUCGAGAUAAAGAGAAGGAUAAAAUUAAGGCAAAGAAAGGAAUGCUGAAAGGCUUAGGAGACAUGUUCAG